AUUGCUUUCUCCGGUGGUGGAAAUUGUGUAGCUUGCUUUGGUGUUGUCUUCUGCCUGCGACCUAACCAGCCAGCCAGUCAGUCAACCGACUUUAACUGAAAGCUCGUCGCGAUGACCACCGACGAGAAACAAAGUAUAAAAGAACUCGAUGCGUGGAUUGAGCAACUCAAUGAGUGCAAACAGCUCACGGAAAACCAAGUCAAACAGCUCUGUGAAAAGGCUAAAGAAAUCCUCAGUCGAGAAAACAACGUACAAGAAGUAAAAUGUCCUGUAACGGUAUGCGGAGAUGUUCACGGUCAGUUCCACGAUCUCAUGGAAUUAUUCCGGAUCGGCGGGAAGAGUCCCGAUACCAACUAUCUCUUCAUGGGUGAUUACGUCGACCGAGGAUACUAUUCAGUAGAAACCGUCACGCUACUCGUGGCCCUGAAAGUCAGAUACAGGGAGCGCAUCACCAUCCUUCGAGGCAACCAUGAGUCCAGGCAGAUCACGCAAGUCUACGGAUUCUACGAUGAGUGUCUCCGUAAAUAUGGAAACGCGAAUGUAUGGAAACAUUUCACAGACUUAUUCGACUUCUUGCCGCUGACCGCGUUAGUGGAUGGCCAGAUUUUCUGCCUGCAUGGAGGACUGUCGCCUUCGAUCGAUUCUCUGGACCAUAUUCGAUCCCUCGACAGACUACAAGAGGUUCCUCAUGAAGGUCCCAUGUGUGACCUGCUCUGGUCAGACCCCGACGAUCGGGGAGGCUGGGGUAUCUCACCCCGAGGUGCGGGUUACACUUUCGGACAAGACAUUUCUGAGUCGUUCAACCACAGCAACGGUCUGACGCUCGUGGCCCGAGCGCAUCAGCUCGUCAUGGAAGGCUACAACUGGUGCCACGAUAGAAAUGUCGUUACCAUCUUCUCAGCUCCGAACUACUGUUACCGAUGUGGAAACCAGGCAGCCAUCAUGGAACUGGAUGAUUCACUGAAGUACUCGUUCCUUCAAUUCGAUCCCGCCCCGAGAAGAGGCGAACCUCACGUGACCAGGCGCACUCCAGACUACUUCCUUUAAUUUGUUCUGCUGGCAUCUUGUUCCGGAGCCCUCUACGUUUUCACCACGACUCCACCAAAAAAAUACCGGAAGACAAAGAUGGAACGGAGAGACAAAACGAAUACAUAGUCAAGAAGCCGAAGUCGGAGCAGCCGGAGAAUCGGCCAAGAAGUACGAAGUGGAAGAAGAAGAGAAUGAAGGAUAACAACAACAACAACUUAACUGAAGAAUAUCAUCUCACCGUGGCAUUUGCGGAUCGUUCCGAUUUGCCUGACGUUCAUCUGCAAAUGGCAAUUUUCCUGCCACGUCAUCACGGACACACCACAAGGGAUUGUCAUACGAGCUAGAAUUUAGGAGAGACUCUUCCGAGUCGGGGUCGGUGUGAGGGGAGUUCGGGCGUGUGAGUAGGAGAUGGGGUUAGGGACAUGGUUCGAGAGGUUUGGAGGAGCUAUAUCGGUGAGGUUCUCGUGUUGCCAGGCAAACUGGAGACGGUGCAGGUCUACAAGCCUGCGAGAACUCCAAUUGUAAUGUAUAUAGCGUCAAAUAAGACCGAGAUAUGUGAAGUCUUGUCGUUAUAUGGGGUGAAAAGAGAACGAAGAGAUAUGCGCGGAUGAAACGCUAAGUCCUGAGCAAUCCAGAGAGUCGACGCAGCGGCAUUGUCGGAUGUCUCAUUUCCUUGCCUGGGAUGACCAAACUGAGAACGCUCCCGAACGGCUACGACGACCAAGACCGCAGUCUGUUGGACGCUGCAGGCAUCGAGCCCCGAGCAGCUUGAAAAAGCGGAGAGUAUGGAGAUGCACCUCUGAGUGGCGGAUUUUCGGAUAAAUCAAGAGUACGCGAGACGGUUCGAAAGCGGCUCAGGGGGAGUUGAAUCGAGGGCGAAAAUCAUUGGGAGUGACGGAGAACCAAAAGGAAUGCGCGUCGUUCAUAGUUUCCGUUCAGCAGGUCGUUCUUUCUUCGUUCACGAUUGGCCUGGCUGAACGGCUUAUUGGUUCAUCAUCGAGACAACCGGCGAGAGGAUCUGUUUGUGGAAAUCACGGCAAAAUCGUCGUACAGAACAGGGAAUGAUGGACGAAACCGAAAGAACAAAUGAAAAUGAAAAUCAACGAAAAAGCGUGAAA